AGCACCUGAUAGAUCCUUUAAAGGCUCUAAAACCUUAAAAGAGUGUACGAGCCGUCUCGAAGAAAGACGAGUGAGUCUGCUUGAAGCAAACCUGGCGUGGCCACAACUGAUCUCCCUCCGAGCUCGGUGAUGCUGAAGAUCUCCAGUGGCACAGCACCUCCUCCUCCCUCAACGGCGCGCACACCACCUCCUCGCCUUCAACACUUGGAGUAGACGGAAUGGUUGCACUACUUGCAUUUUAACCGAGGCUGCAUCCGCGUACUCGUAAAACCAUUAAGGACAAGAACAUUGGACAAGAAUAGAGCGAUGCCAUCUUGUGACGAAACCUCAAUCCAGUUGCGAAAGGAGCAGGAUGAAUUUAGUGCUCUCCAGAUUUUUGGCAUACCUUCAUGUCGGGCUCCAGGUCGCUCUCCAGAUGUUUAUUUACCCUUGUCAUCUGCAUCCCCAGCCCUGUCACAUCCUGGCACGCAUUGGGCACACAGUGCGCUUGGGUCCGCUCCUGCCGACCCGCCAGCAGUCCAGGAUACAGGGCGCACUCAACCGCGCCCUGGUCCACCUCCGACAAAGUGGGAACAACUUCUUGCCGUACAAUCUGAGCUUGGAAGUACUGUCCCGAGAACCGCUAAAUGGAGACCCGGAGUCAAUGUUCAGGUGCGUGUGUCAGGAUAUCGUUGUUCAGGGAGUCUCGGCUGUGCUUGCGUUCCCUCAGAGUCACGAGGAGCUCAUACAAGUGGAGUUCAUGUCCUCGUUUUUGGAAAUACCUUUCAUCAGCAUCAUUGAACAGGGUGAACCUCUUAAGACACAGAACCGCUUCCAUUUGCAGAUGAUGACACGGACUCCGCCUUCUGCAUUGUCGGAGCUGCUGUUAGCGGUGUUGCUGAAGGGAGGCUGGCAGGGUGGAGCGGCAGUUCUUUGUCCAGGAGGUGGGAACACUGUAAUGCUGGAAGAGCUUGAACAGUCAGGUCACCUAGGCCUGGAUGGAGCCCACUGGCACCUCUGGGAGACCCUCAACCUGUCCAGACUUGAGGAAAAAACAAGUGAAGACAAGGUGAUGGAGCUCCUCUCACAGCUCCUCAGCAGGACUCCUUCAGCUCCGGCGUCUUCCGUGGUGCUUUUCAGCUCCGACCCUGAAUGUACGGCCACGGUGCUGCGCAGUGCCCACCAGUUGAGCGUUGCAUUGCCCCCCAUGCACUGGGUCAUAGGAUAUCCUCUUAGUCUUGAUUCUCUACACUCCAUUGGCUCCCCGCUGGGUCUUCUGGCUUAUGGGGAGGUGAAUCGCAAGCCCCUGAACUUCUACAUCAGGGAUACCCUGCAGCUCAUUGGCAGAGCUGUGUAUGCAGCGACCAUGGUGAGACCGGACCUGGCACUCAUCCAGAACAUGGUCAACUGCUUUGACAAGCCCAAUAAACAUGAGCUACCCUCUUCUGGACAGUACCUUGCCAGGUUCUUGUCGAACACUUCGUUCAUGGGGCUGACAGGCCCGGUGCGAGUACAGCGCUCGCUCUCCAGGAUCCUCACCUCCCAGCGCUUUCACAUAUGGAGCCUACAGCGGGACCCUCUAGGCCAGCCAAGUUGGGUGACCGUGGCAAGCUGGCAGUCGGGCCGUCUGGAUAUAGAGGAGCAGAGCCUGUGGCCAGGCAUGACCCAGCACCACCGGGAGGGCGGUCCAGGGAUUAGGCUCGGCGGUCGCUGGCAGGCAGGACUCCCAGUGGCGGGGAGCAGAUUGCGGGUCGUGACUUUAGUCGAGCACCCGUUUGUGUUCACACGUGAGGUGGACGAGGAGGGCCAGUGUCCAGCGGGUCAGCUGUGCCUUGACCCUCAAACCAACAACUCUGAAGUCCUCAACCAGCUGUUCAGAGAGCUGGAGCAAACCAACAGCAGUUCACUGCCAACCGACAUGCGGAAAUGCUGCUAUGGAUACUGCAUUGAUCUGCUGGAGAAGCUAGCCGAGGACAUGCACUUUGAGUUUGACCUCUACAUCGUAGGCGAUGGGAAGUACGGGGCGUGGAAAGGGGGUAGAUGGACUGGUCUGGUGGGCGACCUGCUCAGUGGCGUGGCUGAUAUGGCCUUCGCCAGCUUUAGCAUCAACUCAGCUCGGAGCCGAGUGAUCGACUUCACCAGCCCCUUCUUCUCCACCAGUCUAGGGAUCCUGGUGCGCAGCAAGGACACAGCUGCACCCAUCGGUGCUUUCAUGUGGCCACUUCACUGGUCCAUGUGGGUGGGCAUCUUUGUGGCACUGCACAUCACAGCUCUUUUCAUCACCCUAUAUGAGUGGAACAGUCCGUUUGGCAUGACCCCGCAUGGACGCAACCGCAUUAGGGUCUUCUCUUACUCAUCUGCCCUGAACCUCUGCUACGCCAUUCUGUUCGGCCGGACCGUUGCCAGUAAAACUCCAAAGUGCUGGACGGGCCGCUUCCUCAUGAACCUUUGGGCCAUAUUUUGCCUGCUGGUUUUGUCCAGUUACACGGCCAACCUGGCGGCUGUCAUGGUGGGGGAGAAGACCUUUGAGGAGGUGUCAGGGAUUCAUGAUGUCAAGCUCCAUCACCCGUCUCUUGGGUUUCGCUUCGGCACCGUUCGAGAAAGCAGUGCUGAGGACUAUGUGAAAAAGAGCUUUCCUGAGAUGUACGAGUACAUGAGACGCUUCAACAAGCCCACCACUCCGGAUGGAGUCUCUACACUCAAGACAGAUCCCCCUCAGCUAGAUGCCUUCAUCAUGGAUAAGGCUUUGCUGGACUACGAGGUGUCAAUAGAUGCAGACUGCAAACUCCUGACUGUAGGAAAGCCAUUUGCUAUUGAAGGUUACGGGAUCGGGCUACCCCAGAACUCUCCUCUCACCCGAAAUGUGUCUGAAUACGUCAGCCGCUACAAGUCUGACGGUUACAUGGACAUGCUGCACGACAAGUGGUAUAAAGUGGUUCCCUGUGGGAAGAGGGUUUUUGCUGUGACAGAGACUCUGCAGAUGGGAAUCCAGCAUUUCUCGGGGCUGUUCGUGCUGUUGUGUGUGGGGGUUGCAGGUGCUUUACUCACUCUGCUGGGGGAACACACUUUCUUCAGAUUCAUUCUGCCUCAACUCCGUCGCCAGCAGAGAUUCAAAUACUGGCUCCACACCAGUCAGAAAAUCCACCGUGCAUUGAAUAUGGGUUGUGAUGAAGAGAGGAAAUCAGAGGUUGAGAGCAGUGGCAGAUGUCCCACCUUGUGCUUGUCAGAGAACUGUAAUCUCCACCGCCUGCCAUCCUCCACUUCUUCUCCUCCGCCCUCCAACUCCUCCACUUCCCCUUCCACUUCUACAACCAAGUGGAACAAUCAGAGUGUCAAGGCUGGUCGAGAGGCCAAAGAACAUAACAAGCAUGUCCACUUUAACCUGGAGACUCUCAACAGCUACCAGCUCCAAGCUCCACCCCCUGGGCCAGAAAGGGGCCGUAGGGGGUUGGUGGGAAGCCCGCCUACCCAGUUGUGUUCCAAUGGCGGACCUAACCUCGGUCUUAGCCUGGUGCUCUCCCCCCCGGCCUGCUCAGGACAGUCAACGCCGUGGGAAGAGGAGCUGCUGGAGCUGCACGGGAGGAUCGAGGAGUUUCGCGGCCAACUCAGGGCCGCCCUUGCCAGGCGAGCCGAGCUCCAGCGGACCCUGGUCAGACAACGGCUCGGUCAAUCCCAAACAAGCCCGGCAUCUAAUCCCACCACCAACACCCUGACCAAAGACAUCAACAGGGGGAGGUGAUGUACGCUAUGUGUCCGGAUACUCACAAAGGCAGUGGAUAUGAGGGGAUAAGGGACGUCCUCUCAUCUGAGAAGUCGUGCUGUGCAAUGUUCUGCCUUCUCCUUUCUCAAUGACUGCUGGAGUGCUGUCGUGAUGGAUGAAACACUCUGUGAUGGAAAUUUAGCUUGUAAUCCUCCAGUUUGGCUGACUUCCAGCCUCAGAGAGAAAGCAUUUAUCUCUCUGUGUGUGUGUGUGCGUGUGUUUGUGUGUUUAAAGCCAGACCACUGGACAGAGAAAAGACAUUUAAUUCACCAUUCGCUAGCCAAGGUGAAUAUUUGCACCCACAGACCUCCAGCAUGAAAAUAGAUUCUUUUUGUAAAUAAUUCAAUGGGAUUAUUUAGUGGGAUAAGCAGCAAUGGAUCUCGUCUCAGUCUCGGACGGCAGGCCCAUGGAUCACCCACAGUCCGCUCAGUGACCGGCUGAUGCUUAUUGCACACAAAAAUAACAUCUCUAGUUCUGAUCGGAUUGGCAGGUGUUUAGCAACUUUUGGAAAUAAAGGCACAUAGAUUUUUUUACAAUCUGAGCUGUUCAUGUUAAGAGUUGAUACAAUGAGGAAGAACUAAUACCUAGAUUUGACAAGGUUAAUUACAUCAGGGUUUGGCUUGAAGCAAAUUAGCAAGUUAAAGCAUCACAGUGCAGUUUUUUACCUUACCUGAAUAGCUUCAUUGCCCUCAGUUGCCUCUGAGCGGAAAAGGAAGUGUCGCGUGAUAUCAGGUCUCGCGAUACAACAAAUUGCUUUACGGGAGGAAAGAUCUGCUAAAAUAAACGUUAAACAGAAAGAACCUGGCGCCGUAUACAUGCGGUGUUCGAGGCGUAUACAAUACAGACUGCCGACAGUACAAUAGGGUGCAGCUCUUAAAGGGGCCACACCUUAUUUCCACUCGUUACAGCUUCCAUCCUACUGAACAGGUACCGGUAUACAGGGGGAGAGGAUCAGGCCUUGAGUGCAGACACAUCUCUGCAUGACUGCUAUUUACGACAGUACAAGUACUCCACAGCGACUCUAGGGGUCACAGUUUGACAAAAACGGAAAUGCUGCAUAGUGCUGCUUUAACUAUAUAUCCAUGAGAAGAACUACAUUCAGAUGUGUUUUCUGAAUUAUGUUCAUGAUGGAACUUCAGACAUCACAUUUUGUGCUAUUUUCAGGUGUUUUUGUGCCGCAAUUGAUGGAAAUUUCAUUUUAUGGAGCACCACACAUGACGAGCGUCAGAAUGGCCAUGAAUUAACAAUUCGUUCCCACAAAUUAUGAUGCUUUAUUUAGUUUCCGUUCAUCCGUUGCUACACUAAGUUACAUUGUGACCACGUUGUAAAAAUGUGUUCUCUCGUUUCAUAAAAACAGGCAAAUGAAUUAUUACAACGUAGCUAAACAACUAAUUAAUAAAUCAUGGUCACAAUAUCUUGGGGUCUUUUCCCCUCUGUAUGCAGUGAGCAGAGCCUCAUACAUGUUCAGUUUAUUAUUAUUAUUAUUAUAUUAUCCAUUUCAAAUAAUCCAAGCCCAAAGGGCACAUAUAAAACAAACGUGUCAAUCAGUUGGCCUCUUCCUGUCUGAGUGGGCGGUUCUUGGCCAAAAUAAGCUGCCAAGGACCAAACUUCCAAUUUUGAUUAAGCCACUUGUCUUGCUGUGGUGUAUUUUUUUCCACUUAUAAUCUUUGAAUAAAUAUAUUGUUUGCUUGUGUGUUUUAACGCUGAUAAAGUAUGAUUCUGUUUGAGAUGUUUGUCACUGGCCUCUGAUACAUAAUCUAAAUGUUAUAAAGUCUGAAAGUUACUGCAUUUACUAUUAUUAAUAAACACAUUUUCAUUUA